UCGGCAAUGGAAGGUCCUCAAGCUUCUGGUUUGACGCUUGGUCUCCCAUGGGCCAGCUGAUCGAGCACAUAGGCCAGUCUGGUCCAAGAUCGCUGAGAAUAAGAAAGAAUUCCGUGGUGGCGGACGCAAUCAAUGGAUCCACUUGGAGACUCUCUCUCACCCAAGAUCUCAAAAGAAAGUUGAACUUCAUACUUACCUCACUACUAUUAUUUUGCCUUUACCUAUGAAUGUGAAUGAUGAGUAUGAAUGGAUUGCUGGUGAUUCUCAGUUGCGUAUUUUCAGGUCUGCCACCACUUGGGAGGUGCUGAGACCGCGAGAGGAUGUUAAAGACUGGGUGGACGAUGUCUGGUUCAAAGGAUGCAUUCCGAAGCACGCGUUCACUAUGUGGGUUGCUAAUUAUGAUAGACUGCCGACGAGGUCAAGACUGGUUGCUUGGGGAGUCCCUAUCUCGCCUUUGUGUCCAUUGUGCUCUACCUAUGAUGAAACAAGAGACCACCUGAUGAUAUCCUGCAACUACAGCAGGGAAGUCUGGCGCGAGGUCCUCCACAGAUGUCAACCUCCGUCAACAAUGUUUACAACCUGGGCUGAGCUUCUGUCUUGGAUACGAUCUUCACAAUCAAAAAGGCUUACACUAUUGAGAAAGUUGGCGGUGCAAACAGUCAUCUUUCAUUUGUGGAAGCAAAGGAACAAUUUGGUGCAUAAUCAGUCAACUAUACCGGCUUCUACAGUGUUCUACGGUAUUGACAAAGAGCUUCGAAACAUCAUUUCAGCGAGGUGAGUUAGAAAGAGAUUCAGUGACCUUAUGGUGAUGUGGUUGAGAUAGGUUCUCAUAGGUUAUAAAUUCAGUGCUCCAUCUUGUUUUUUGUUAUUUUUUGCCAAGAUGGUUUAAAAACUAAGAUCAUCUCUUGUAGAAUCUUUUAUUUAUUUAUAUGAUAUUUACAAUUUAGAAAAAAAAAAAAAACAUUAAAUAAUAUAGUCG